AUAGAAGAAGGAUGGCAGUGCAGCUAUCGGCUGCUACAAGUUAAUGCUAACUGAAGUGUUGAAUUAGACUAGUCAGACGUGUUUGUGCCCACCCCACGUGGCGCCAUCAUGUGGCAGGAGGCUCGGAGACAUGAGCGCAAGCUCCGCGGGAUGAUGGUCGACUACAAGCGGCGUGGGGAACGAAGACGGGAAUAUUAUGAGAAGAUUAAAAAAGACCCAGCCCAGUUCUUGCAAGUGCAUGGGAGGGCCUACAAGAUCCAUUUGGACUCAGCUGUUGCCUUGGCAGCUGAGAGUCCAAUCAAUAUGAUGCCAUGGCAAGGUGAUGUCAACAAUAUGAUUGACAGAUUUGAUGUGCGGGCCCAUUUGGACUACAUCCCUACUUACACACCUCCUCUUCUAAACACAGUCACCCUGGAGCAGGAGUCUGAAGAGAGAAAGUGUAACUAUGAGCGCUACAGAGGACUGGUGCAGAACGAUUUUGCCAACAUCUCUGAGGAGCAGUGUUUGUAUCAGAUCUACGUGGAUGAGUUGUAUGGUGGCCUGCAAAGACCAAAUGAAGAUGAGAAGAAAAAGCUCGCAGAGAAGAAAGCUUCGAUUGGCUACACUUAUGAGGAUAGCACAGUCACAGAGCCUGAUCCUCUGUCAGACAAAGGAGAAGAGGAGGACUCUGAAGAGGAAGACUCUGAGGGGGAUGAAGGCAUUCCUGACAUUGAUGUUGAAGUGGAUGUCGAUGAGCUCAAUCAAGAGCAGGUGAUGGACCUGAACAAAAUGGCCACACCUUAUGGAAUGGCAGAGGGAGACUUUGUGAGGAUGCUUCGGAAGGACAAGGAAGAGGUGGAGGCCAUCAAACAUGCUAAGGCUCUGGAGGCAGAGAAGGCCAUGUACUCUGGCCGUCGCUCUCGCAGACAGAGACGAGAGUUCAGGGAGAAGAGGCUGAAAGGCAGACAGAUCAGCCCACCCAGCUAUGCAAGAAGAGACAGCCCAACCUACGAUCCCUACAAACGCCCCCAAUCGGAGUCCAGCUCUGAGUCCCGGUCCCGCUCGCGGACCCCCGGCAAGGAGAAGAUCACCUUCAUCACCAGCUUCGGAGGCAGCGACGAGGAGGGUGGCCCCCCUGCCCAGGCGGCGGCCGGCGGCCACUUGGCCAACGCCUCCAGCAAUAAGCAGGAGCAGCACCCCGCAGGUCAUAGCAGGGGCUUCCGCCGACGUCACUCGUCCUCCAGCCCGUCGUCCUCCUCGCCGUCUUCCUCGCGGCACUCAUCGCGCUCCUCCUCCCACUCACGGCGCAGCGGGUGGAGAGGAAGCCGGGAUAGCCGCUACUCCCGGUCCCGCUCACGCCAGUGCUCGGACUCCCACUCCCAGCAGCGUGGUGGAGGGGGCAGCGGCGGCGGCGGCAACGGCAGCCACAGAAGACGCUAUGACCGCGGACACUCGCGCUCCCGCUCCCGAGAUAGGGACAGGGACAGGGGCCGACGAUACACUUCUCACAGACGCACUAGGUCACGUUCCGUAUCUCGCUCGGCUGACCGAGACCGUUUUCGGAGAGGUGGUCGGGCGUCUGGCCAUCAUCGUGGUGAGAGCCGCAGUCCGAGCCCCUCUCAGUCCCCUGUCCGGAGCCUGUCCCCGUCCCCCGGUCCCCGCUCAGCCCCGCCCUCCACCAGCUCCCUCUCUGACAAGCUGAGAAAGGCUGAAACUCCAAGUGGUAAAGAGACGGGAGCUGCCAAACCCAAGAUGACACCACAAGAGAAACUCAAGAUUCGGAUGCAGAAAGCCCUCAACAAGCAAUCCAAGGCGGAUAAAAGGGCUGCGCAGGUGAAGGUCCAGCUGCAGGAAAAUAAGCGACAGGAACGCGAGGGGGAACUGCGAGCCAUGGCCCGCAAGAUCCGCAUGAAGGAGCGUGAGCGACGGGAGAAAGAGCGAGAUGAAUGGGAGAGGCAGUAUGGAAGGCAGAGCCACUCCCCCUCCCCUGUGCCCAAAUAUAGCCGAGAUUACAGUUCCUCCAGAAGGAGGUCGCGGUCACGGAGUCCCUACUACCGUUACUGACAGAACAAAUCUACAGCACUCGUGCUGGAGGGACGCACAGGAAACACACAGGACUUUGGAAAACCACCAAUAUUUUGAAUCAAGCAAACUCAAUGUCAGAUGUCUUCAUUCUGUAUUAUACAUCCUUAUGUUUAACUCAAAUUCAGCAGCUUCCUGCUUUUGUUUGUGUAUAUGUUUUGAAGGAGUAAAACUGCACAGUUUGAGUCCAUGUUGUAAAGAAUUAGAGGACAAUAUAAAAUGCCCCCCUCCCCCAAUUCUCCCCUUUUGUCUUCCCUAACAGGUUUAGUCAUUGUCAGAAUGACCUUGUGGAAAUUUUCGGGGUUUAUAUUUUAACAUCAGAUGCCAAUUAUAAUUGCAGUGAACCUCCUUCUCUUUCUUGUUAAAGUACUCCCCACUUCUAUACAGUCAUAAUAUCAAUGCCUAAUCACAAGGCCUAUGUGAAGUGUGCAUGUGUUUUAUCUGCAGGGAAAUGCAAAUAAAAUACUUCAUAACUUCAAA